AUGUGGGUGUGUCAGGACCCCAUGGUGGAGAAGAGUCUGGCGUGUCUGAAGGCAGCAGUGUCUGACCAGCUGGAGAACACCUACACCACAGCCCUGCUGUCCUAUGCAUUCACCCUGGCACAAAACCAGGACAUGAGGGCCAAGCUCAUCACCCACCUGGACAAGAUAUCUGCUACCUCAGGUAUGUGUCUUGUCUCUUUGAGAAAAUAUCUGUAUGUCUCUACCUUUCUGUCUGUCAGACUGCUGUGAAACAGCCACUGACAAUGAAAAUGAUCACAGGUGGCAAUCGUCACUGGGGGAGAGCAGAGGCUUCGGGGACGAAGACGGACUCUCUAGAGGUGGAGAUGACAUCCUACGUGCUGCUGGCGCUGCUCUCAGGCCCCUCCAUGCCAGGCUUUGGGCUGGACUACUCCACUGGCAUUGUCCGCUGGCUGGCCCAGCAGCAGAACCCCUACGGAGGCUUUGCCUCCACACAGGUACUUUCUUGGUCUGGUAGACAUUAAUUCACUCUAGCACCUCAUCUGCCUAUCACUCCUACUGUUAGUACAUGGUUAAACAUUGAUCACAGCAAAUACUUAUUGUUAUAUGAAAUGUAGCAUAUUGGACAUUGUAUUAAAGCGUUACAAUCAUUUCAUAACACAACACAUACAGUUGUGGAUUUCUUUGAAUCGUUGUGCUUCAUUUUACAUUCUUAAUAUGUAUUACUUUGUUAUAUUGAUUUUCUCCAUCCAUACCAAAGCUAUAGUCAUCCUGAUUUGUUUUUGCAACAGUAUCUCUCUCUUCUUCCCCUGCCACCAGGACACAGUGGUAGCACUGCAGGCCCUGGCCAAGUACGCUACUGCCACCUUCAGUCCAGAGGGCGCCAGUUCAGUCAGUGUGAGCUCGGCCGGAGGCCUGAAGAUGGAGUUCACUGUAAAUCAGAACAACAGGCUGCUCUAUCAGGAGGAGCAGCUGAAGGAGGUCCCUGGGGACUACAACAUCAAGGCACAGGGCAAGAGCUGCGUGUUUGUGCAGGUCAGGCUCCAGUCAUUUGCCCUUUGCUGCCUCUCAGUACAUGCAGUAUUGAGUGUCUGGUUUGUGUUCAGUAGGGCACAAUGUUAUCUCUGUUGUCUUUUCAGAUCGCCAUGCACUACAAUAUUCCCCCUCCUCCUGACUUCUCUGCUUUCAACAUCUCAACACAGACACUGGGGAAAUGCGACGGCACCAAGAAAUCUCUGAUAGUGUCUGUGGAUGUCAGGUAUAGUGGUAUUCCUUUUAACCUUGAAAUAGCAACUGACUGAUUCUGGUAGGACACCAAAAAAAGUGACUGAACCACCAGUGUGAAGAUGUAUUUGAUGUGAAUAUGUUUAAGAUGAUAUCUUACCUUCAUCUGACCCGGUGUGACUGACAGGUACAACGGUCGGCGAGAAGAGACCAACAUGGCGAUCAUCAAUGUCAAGCUUCUCUCCGGCUUCGUCCUGGACAAGUCCUCCCUCAAGCCUGUGAGUCAAUAAUAGAACCUCAGUUGAGGCGAACACACAUAUAGUUUAAUGAGGGCCAGGAGUUUUACCCGUUUGGGGAACACUCCUGGCCCCAAGUAUAAUCCCCUCGAGGAUUACUUAAUGUAUAUUAAUUAUAAUGGCAUCUGUUCUAAUUGUAAGUAUUGUGAAUGCCAGUGGUUGUCCUUUGAACAUAUCAGUUCCACUGUCUAUGACAAUGUUAACCUGUGUUCUGUUCUUCCAGUUGAAAAAUGACCCCACUGUCAAACGAGUUGACCUGGAGGAAGGACAUGUCAUCAUCUACCUAGAUGGGGUAGGAUCAUGA